AAUUUUUGUCGAUAAUUGCAUGAUCUACAAUUUUUGUCUGGCAUAUUUUAUCAUAAAGCUAACCGUUUGGAUGAGAAAUUAAAAAAAACCCUUUUUUGCAACCUUUGACCUUGAAUAAAAAUGUUUGCAGACAUGGGAUAGAUGGGGACUUUUCACAAUUUCAUAACAAUGGUGUCUAACAUCUAUGCAAAUUUUCAGCUUACUGAGAAUUUUUGCAGGGGUCAAUAGUCUAAAUUGGCUGGACUAUUAAUUUAUUACUGAUUACUUAACUUUCGAACCGGACAGCCUGGAUAAAAAAUAUAUUACUGCCGUAACAAGGUUAGAGCAAGUUUGUCAUAACAAACUUCAUGCAAGUUUGUCAUACUGAAACUAGCAAGUUUGAUUGAUGUAUCAAACUUAUUGCAAGUUUGAAACAAGUUUAUAUUGCUAUCUGGGGUUGAACGCAUAUUUUCACAUAUUAAUCUUUUGAAAACAAAACAGCGAAAUAGGCUGUCUACUGAAUCAAUCACUAGCCUAUUACAUUCAAAACGACUCUUUAAUACAGCUAAUUGUUAUGAGUUUGAAAUUAAUUCCAAGAUGACCUCGGCUAUGGCCAAAGAAUAUUGGUACCAUAAUAAAUAAUUAUACUUAAGCGUCAUUGUUAUAAAUUAGUCUGUAAGUUUUUUAAUAAAUAAACGAAUUAGAUAGAAUAUUUUUUUUUUGUCAAAUACCGAUUUUGGGUAGAAAUAUACCGAUUUUAUCUGGCAAUUCUACCGAUCUCGCUCUAUGACGUUCGAGACCACUGCAUGAGCGUCACUAACGCUUUAAAACCAAAUAAAGGGCUCGUCGAAGUUGUGAAGUUAGCGGAACAUUUUGUACAGAAUCCAGAAACUAUUGAUAAAAUUGUUGCCCAAUGGAAAAGCCUAACUAGCAACACUUGGGCAAAAUGUGACUGAUACAGUAAAAUUUUAGGUUGAAAUGUCAGAUUUUAAGGACGCAAGCAAUGAAAAUUCGUAUAGCGAACUGGUUUCGUUGGCUUUUACAGUGCUCACAUUGCCACAUUCAAAUGCGGACGUUGAGAGGGUUUUUAGCGUAAUAAACAUCGUAAAAAAUAAAUUGAGGAACAAAAUUAACUUGGACUCCCUAAAUUCAAUUAUUCGUAUACGAACUGGACUCAAACAUUUGAACAAAACAUAUGAUAUACCUACAUAUGAUAUACCUCAAGAUAUCCUAAAAAAAAAUAGGCAAGAAAGAUAUGUACACAUUUAAAUUUAAAAAGUCUGCUAUAAGUGUAAAUGAGCCACAGCCCUCCACUUCAACAGCUGUACAAGGAACCGCAGCAGAGACAGACAGUACAAGUAGUGAGGAUGAUGAUUAGAUUAAACGAUAAUAAGAUUUUUAAUAUUUAAAUUUUUUUAAAUUUUGAUGGUCACAUCCUCCAAUUUAACUAUAUAUAUUUUUUAUUUUUGUUUAAAUGUAACAUAACAUAACUUUGAUAUUAAUGUCAUGACAAUUUGAAAAUUAAAACUUUUUAUUCUACACGUUAUUUUUCUUAUUUCAUAUAUUUGGCACUAUUGUUAAAAUUUUAUACCAAUUUAGCACUUUUUGAGAUGUUACUUAGCACCCAACCGUGGCAUUGAGUUGGCAACCCUGGGCGAAUGGCGCUCCGUAGGCUGCUUCGCUCAUUUAUUAAAUCUGGUUGUUCAAGAUAGUCUAAAAACUGUUGCAGCAGGAGAGAAGGUUAAAGUUGUGGGAGAAUUUUUUAAAAGGAGUGCUCAAGCACAAGCAUAUCUAGAAACAGCGCAGAAUCAGAUGAAUUUGCCCCAUUUGAAACUAAAACAAGAAUGUCCAACUCGAUGGAAUUCCUGUUUUGAUAUGCUUGAACGCAUCCUUAAAAUAAAAGAUGCAGUUAUCAGCACAAUAGCCCUAACACGGAGUGACCUCAACAUCCAAACCGUAGAGUGGCAUCUCAUUAGCAAAAUUGUACCAAUUCUCCGACCGUUUUAUGAAGUGACUUUAGAAAUACGCUCUGAACAAAAUGAGGCCAUGAGAGCCAGAGUGGCCUAACUGACAUUAUUUCAAAACCAAUUUUAUUUGACAAAAAAUAUGCAAACGAUAUCUUAUAGCGCCACAAUGGCCUAAAAAUAGUUUUAAAAGCAUCCCAGAGAUGGCGUUAUGAUCAACCAUCUUUGCCUAUUUGAAUUUUGCAAAGUUUAGUAGUGCUAUAAUGGCCUAAGUGUAAGCCAUUUUUGCACUAUGGCAACACAACAUCUUGACGUUUAGGCCAAAUUGUCAAUUUUUAAUCUAUGAUGAUCAGCUGUGAUUUGCUGUUAUUUAGUUUUUGUUUUGUUGUUAGUGUCUGCUAAUUAAAAUGGAUAAUAUGGAAGCAGGAACCUCUGGUAAUGUAGAAAAGACAAUGCAAGAAAUCUUCGGCGUGGAUGAGGACGAUCCCUAUCAAGAUUCAGGCUCGGAGUAUUUGCCAACAAGGUCGCCAUCGCCAGCUGACGUGGAUCUACUGGACAUUUUGGGUGCAGAAAACCAGUCCCCAAAUGUCGCUCAUCCCACUGCAAGCCCAGAAAAUACCGAAGAGCAAUGUAAGCCAAGAAAGCGACUACGACAGCCAAGUAAGUGGAAAAAAAUAUCCGCAAGGAGAAACGUGCUAAAGGAGAGGAAUAUGUAAAUACAAAAGGUAACACUGUCCCUUCGAAAAGUAUAAACACAGAUAUACCAUGUAAAUGUGCACAGAAAUGCCAUGAUAAAAUUAAUUCUGAACAGCAAAAAGAACUCUUUAAUAGAUUUUAUGCUAUGGAAAAUUUUGAUUUGCAGUCAUCUUACAUCUUUUCAUUAGUGAAAGUGUUACCUAAAAAGAGAUCCUCUAUUUCCACGAAUGGCCAACAAACUGAUUCUAGACGCUCCAAUACCAGGGUGUAUACAAUGCCGAAUUCUGAAGGAUUGUCCACUACGGUAUGUAAGGAAUUCUUCAAAAAAAUAUUUGCAGUAUCUGAUGGAAGACUAUCCAGAGUUUUAAAAAGGAAACUGUCCAUUCCUACACCACCCAUUGAUGCAAGGGGAAGGCAUGCCCCUGUCAAUAAGACAAGUGAAGAAAAGAUUCAACGCGUCAAAGAAUUCAUUGAUAAAUUCCCGAAGUAUGAAUCACAUUACACACUACACAAGAGCACGAACAGAAGAUUCUUAGCGCCGGAUCUAAGUUUGCCGAAAAUGUAUGCUCUUUACUGUAAUGAUACUCCAGAGUCAGAAAGGGUUUCAGAUUUUAUGUUCAGAAAAGUAUUUAAUCAACACUUCAACCUAUCAUUUCAUGCCCCUAUAUCUGAUUCUUGCAAAAAAUGUGACAACCUUAAGAUUAAGAUAGAUGCAGCUAGUUCACAAGAAGCAAAAGAACAAUUUGAGUUACAGAAAAAGGUACACCUUGCAAAAGCUGACUCAGCAAAAGACAAUUACAAAAUAGAUAAAAAUCUUGCUAAAGAAGAUACAGACGUUACUGUAAUCGUAUUUGACCUCAUGAAAACAUUAGCUACUCCAGUAAUAUCAACUGGAGUGUGUUAUUAUAAAAGGCAGCUAUGGACAUACAACUUAGGCAUACAUGAUGCUGCAACUGACAUUGCGACGAUGUGUGUAUGGGACGAAACAGUAGCUUCGAGAGGGCCUCAGGAAAUAGGGUCUUGUUUAUUGCGUUACAUAAAAGAAAACGUCAAGACUAAAACAUUGAUCUUAUAUUCUGACCAAUGUGGUGGCCAGAACAGAAAUAUAAAAAUGGCUACUCUUUGUCAAUAUAUUACUAGUCAUCCAAACUAUGUUGUAGAAAAAAUAGACCAUAAAUUUUUUGUAAGUGGUCAUUCUUACUUGGCAUGUGAUCAAGACUUCGGAUUGAUUGAAAAACAGAAAAAAUUCUUUAAGGAUAUUUUUAUACCGGACGAUUGGAUUAAAGUUAUAAAAGCUGCAAGAAAGAAGAAUGCUUUUAAAAUUAUGAAAAUGACAACAGAUGAUUUUGUUUCAACGAAAAAAACUUGAAAAUAAUAUUACCAAUCGGAAGGUCACUGCAGAGAAAUCAAAAGUAAAGUGGCUGAGUAUUCAGUGGCUUCUUUACCACAAGAUCCACCCAUUUUCAAUAUUUUUUAAAUAUUCAAAUAAUCCUGAGGUCUUAUUUGAAAACGUUAACAUUAAGAAAAGGAAUUCCAUCAAUAUUGCUGACUUGGAGCUAGACCUUCUUUAUCCCUUGAGAAAACAAAUUAGCGUGGAGAAGAAAAAGGACUUGAUAGAACUUCUGCAAUACAUUCCCCCAGUAUAUCAUGACUUUUAUAAUAACAUAAAAGCAAAUGCAUCAGCACCGAACGAUCUGUAUGUGGGAGAGGAAGAAGUGGAUAGUGAUUGAGUGAGCAAGAAAUGUUUAAAAUUUAAUUAUCCUUACAAUAAUAGACACCCCUACUUCACUCAAUCACCUGCUGAGUGAUAAAGUGUGGUAAGGAUGUCUAUAUAUAUGUCUAUCUUAAUUAUUUUUUUCUUAAUUAAUAAAUAGUUUGGCUUAA